AGCUGGCCGCCAUAUUGGCGUCAUUUCGAGCACGCUUUAUUCCACGAGUGUCCCGACCUGUGUAUAAGACCGUGCUUCAGACCGUGGUACUGACCAAGUGGUCGGCAGACAUGGCUUCGACCAAGGUCGACUGGGGGCAGUACGCCGAUGAACAGGACAAAUUAGCGUCGAAGGUGACGAGUUUGAACCUAGACAAACCGAACUCGACGGCUGUUCCGGAUAAAGCGAACUCUGCGUCCGUCCCGUCUGCGAAAGAUGGAGACCAGAGGAGCGACGACGACAAGUCGGAGGAGGAGCAGAUCUCGCCGGCGGAGAAGUCGCUCCUGCAGAAGAUCAUAAGGAAAGGAUUGGUCGAGACGACAAAGGAUAUAGAGAUUCAGAGGAAGGACCCGAAUUCUCCGUUAUACAGUGUCAAGACAUUCGAUGCGCUUCACCUCAAGCCUGCCUUGUUGAAAGGUGUCUACGCCAUGGGAUUCAACGCACCCUCGAGAAUUCAAGAAACCGCUCUGCCCACCUUACUCGCUGACCCGCCGCAGAACAUGAUCGCGCAAUCCCAGUCUGGCACAGGCAAGACGGCCGCGUUUGUGCUCGCCAUGUUGAGUCGGGUGGACCCCACAAAGGACUACCCGCAGGUACUUUGUUUAUCGCCGACUUACGAGCUGGCGAUCCAAACUGGUGAGGUAGCGGCGAAGAUGUCACGCUUCUGCCCUGAGAUCAAGAUAAAAUACGCCGUGAGAGGGGAAGAGAUAAGCCGAGGUUCAAAGAUCACCGACCAUAUCAUCAUAGGAACCCCGGGCAAAGUCCUUGAUUGGGGACAGAAGUUCAAGUUUUUCAAUCUGAGCAAAAUAUCAGUCUUCGUACUGGACGAGGCGGACGUAAUGAUAGCGACUCAGGGCCAUCAGGAUCAGUGUAUCCGGAUUCAUAAGUUACUGCCAAGAACGUGUCAGAUGAUGUUUUUCUCGGCGACCUACGAACCUGAGGUCAUGAAUUUCGCCGAAAUAAUAGUUAGUAAUCCGCUGAUCAUUCGCCUAUUAAGAGAGGAAGAGAGUUUAGAUAACAUUAAACAGUACUAUAUCAAAUGCCAAAACUUGGACGAGAAAUACACGGCUCUCACCAAUAUCUAUGGCGUGAUCACUAUUGGACAGGCGAUUAUUUUCUGUCACACCAAGAGUACAGCCAGCUGGUUGGCAGAGAAAAUGACGAAGGACGGGCACGCGGUAGCAAUAUUGUCCGGUGACUUAACAGUGGACCAAAGGAUUUCUGUGCUGGAUAGAUUCAGAGCGGGACUCGAGAAGGUUCUCGUCACUACGAAUGUCUUAGCUAGAGGCAUCGAUGUGGAACAGGUGACGAUAGUGGUUAACUUCGAUUUGCCGAUGGACCAAAAGAAGCAGGCGGACUGCGAGACGUACCUGCACAGAAUCGGGAGAACGGGACGAUUCGGCAAGUCGGGGAUCGCCAUCAAUCUAAUCGACUCGCCGAAAGCGAUGCAAUUGUGCAGAGACAUAGAGAAACACUUCGGCAAGAAGAUCCACUAUCUUGAUGCGGAGGACGCGGACGAGAUUGAGAAAAUCGGAGCUUAGGCUAAUAUUAUGCUUUUUAUUACGAAUGUAUCUAGGCUUUAAUGUAAUAUUUUUUAAAGCGGACUUCUCUCUUUGUAUCUUGAAUAUAAAAUGGGAUAUUUUUUUUUCCAACCAUGCGACUAGGCUAAGCAAUCGCUCUUCUUUUGUUUCAUACUUUUCUUUCUUUCGCGGUUAUAUUUUGUACGUUUCUUCCGAUCUACACAAGGCGCGCUUUAAGAUUGGAAGUACUUUUAUCGCAUGUAUCGAGUGCGCGCGUACACUUGUAAGAUACACCGAUCUGUCAGGCCAUAUUGGUAUUUUAUUUCACCCCGAGUUUUGUCUUUCGAGAGAAGAUAGCCGAGUUUUUUUUCCGAUUGUAUAAUUUUAUUUAUAAUCAAAACUACUUUAUGUACUUGACAUUAUAACACGAUUCACGCCAAUAGAUUAUAUUAGAAAUUAAAACGGGAGUAUUUUAUGUAUGUUAAUAUGCAAAACAAACCGAAGAACGUAACUGGGAGGACCUUUUUUUAUAUCUUUUAAAAUGUUUAUAGUAUCAAAAAAAGAACAAGUUCAAAAAUUUACGAACGUGCUCUGAAAGUAUAAAUAUCUGAUGGAUAUUUAAAGGCGAUUACGGUGGAAUAGGCCUCGAAUGAGAUGGAUGACAGAUUCUCUGUAUUAUAAAUUAAAAGAUUGCUUUGGCAUAUUUAUGUCUUCAUUGCGUUUAAAAAGAAUGUAACAAUUAAUGAUGAAGUAACACUAUAUAUAUUUAUAUCUAUUCUAAAUAAAACUUAUCUCUCUGUAC